AUGAGCGGCAUUGAAAUCGCAGGCGUUCUCCUCGCGGUCUUCCCUCUCAUCAUCUCUGGUCUAGAGCACUGGCGCGAUGCCGCCAAGGUUGGUGGCUACUUCUGGCGAGUGAGAGAGGGAUACAACAAAUGUCUUAGAGACGUCCAGUUCUAUGAGCUCCUGUACAAAAGGAACCUGAAAGAGCUAUUAAUGCCCAUAGUUGCUGAUGCAGAUGAGGUGAAACUCCGGUAG